CACUAACCCUCACCUAUGUGUCAACUCUCACUGGACUGGAACUAAAAACUAAAGAUUUGGAGUGGAGGGGCAGGGGAGGACGGGAAACGGAGUGCGAGAGAAGUGAAGGAGAGGGAGAUUUUUUUUUUUCUUCUCCUCUAAAUCUUGAGCUUAGCGAAAGGGUGCGGAGCCGCUGAAAGACUGAAGAAAAGAAGGCAGGAAAGAAAGAAAGAACAACCUGUCUACAGCCUGACCCAGCCGUCUCUGACUUGAGCCAAGCGGGAACAGCAAGAACGUGGUUGGUCGGCGCCGUGCAAUCCAGCGCGGAACGUGGGACUCCCCCCAUAGCUGCUGAGCUGAUCCGAGUUGAGUCAAGCCAAGCUAGGGGGUGGGUGGGUUGCGCAAAAGCAAAAGCGGCGUGUCGUGUGUGUGUGUGUGUGGGAACGUGUCACGUCGUGCUUUGUCGCGUGGUGUGUGUGGCGUACCAGUCUGUGCUGUCGCGGCAGCGGCUGGGGUGACUGACUGACGGACGGGCGUGUGGGUUUACGGUCGUGGCAUGGCGGUGGCGCGGAGCUUAGUGUGGCGAGGGCUGGAGAGGCUGCUGGUGCAGGGCAGCAGGCUGCUGUGGGACCUGGCCCUCUGGCUGCUCCGCAGGUGCUACGCGCACAGGAUGGACUCCUGCCAACAGUGCCUGCACACCUGCCUCUACCUGGGACACGUCUACCAGAUGACGGAGGGGAGGCUAUGCCAGGUGCAUCUCCUUGACAACCGCAAACUGGAGCUGCUGGUUCAGCCCAAGCUGUUGUCCCGUGAGCUCCUGGAUUUGGUGUCCUCCCACUUCAACCUCAAAGAGAAGCAGUACUUUGGCCUGACUUUCAUUGACGACACGGGCCAGUGCAAGUGGCUGCAGCUGGACCGCCGAGUGCUGGAGCACGAUUUCUCCAAGAAGUCCGGCCCUAUCUCCCUCAACUUCCUGGUCCGGUUUUACAUUGAGAACAUCUCCCUACUCAAGGACACCACAACAGUGGAGCUGUUCUUCCUCAAUGCAAAAACGGCCAUUUACAAUGGAGACAUUGAAGUGGAAAGUGAAGUUGUCUUCAAGCUCGCAGCUCACGCCUUACAGGAGGCCAAGGGCGACUUCACAAGUGAUGAGACGACGCGGGCUGACUUGAAGAAGCUGCCCACUCUGCCCACCAAAGUGCUGAAGGAACAUCCCUCACUGGCAUACUGUGAGGAGCGUGUGAUGCAGCACUACAAGCAGCUGCAGGGUCUCAGUCGAGGACAGGCCAUCGUACAGUAUUUGGCGCUAGUGGAGUCGCUCCCAACCUACGGUCUCCAUUACUACGAGGUGAAGGACAAGCAAGGGAUCCCAUGGUGGCUUGGCAUCAGCUACAAAGGAAUCAGCCAGUACGACCUACAGGACAAAGUCAAGCCACGCAAGCUUUUUCAGUGGAAGCAGUUGGAGAAUCUCUAUUUCCGCGAGAAGAAGUUUGCAGUGGAGGUGAACGACCCUCACAGGACGGUGAGCAAGCGCACGUUUGGCCAGACGGGUCUGGUGAUCCACACCUGGUAUGCCAGCCACUCUCUGAUCAAGACCAUCUGGGCCAUGGCCAUCAGCCAGCACCAGUUCUACCUGGAGAGGAAGCAGAGCAAAGCGAAGAUGAGCGCGGCGAGGAGCUUGAACGACAUCGCUCUGGACCUGACGGACAACGGAGCAUCCAAGGUCAGCAAAGGUCACCUGGGCAUCAAGAACCAGCUCAUCAUGGCCAGCAACGGUAGCCUGGGAUCCACAGGCUCAGCAGACUCUGAGAUGAACGACGACCAGAAGAAGGAGAAGAUAUCCGAGCUGAAGAAGAAGGAGAAGGAUAUCCAGGACAUCUUGACCCAGAAGAUGAAGGAACUGAAGAAGAUCUGCUUACGGGAAGCGGAACUGACGGGGAAGCUGCCCAAAGACUAUCCUCUGUCUGCCGGAGAGAAGCCACCUCAGGUCAGACGACGAGUUGGCACCGCCUUCAAACUGGACGAGCUCUUCCCCUACAAUGAGGACCCGUACCUGAGGAACCUGGAGAGCCGCUUCGCGCUGCAGCGCAAGAUUGUGGAGGCGGCCAAGAAGCUGGCGGGGGAGCAGGACCUGAACAAGACGGUGAAGAAGAAGCGCAGGAGGAACUGCCUGGACGCCAUGCAGAAGCUGCAGCAGAUCGAGGACGAGAUGAACCAGUACCGCAUCAAGCAGGGCAAGAAGCCCACACAGAGGGCCUCGCUCAUCAUAGCAGAUGAGCUGGUGGCUUCGGAGUGCAGUUCCCUGUCUGAUGGUGCGCCUCUGGAUGACGAUGACUCUGAUGGUGUGCAGAGGCCGAGGUCUCGCUCCGUGCAGUGUUCUCCGUACCUGGGCUCCCCUCCCUCCGCUGGCCUGGACUUCGAUCCCGAAAGGAGAGCCUCAGCCAGCGACCAGCCCCAGGACCGCAGGCUGGACUAUGACCUGCAUUACUACGGCUCUAGAGAGGUGUCGUCGACCCACAGCAGCCCCUACAAGACCAUGCCCAGGCACCCCAGAGAUGCACGCAUGCCCCACACGCCACUCAUGACCCGCAACGCAUACAGCAGCAGCCAGCUACGGUCGGAGGGCAGCACUACGCACCAGCCGUGUUUCCGUCACCGCAGCAACAGCCUGGAGUCCCAGUCCCACCUCCUGCUGCUGCGCGGUGGGGGUGGCGGGGCCGAGAACGGCACUUCCUGCUCCGCCUCCGACAAGCACCACCACCACGGUUGCUCCUCCUCCUCCUCCUCCUUCUCCCUGCUCCUGCCGGCCCGCCGCAGCACCUCCUCCGAGGCCCUGGAGGACUGCGCCUCCUCCUACACCUCGCUCUCCAGCGCCGACUACGCCCACUACCGGGCGAUCAACGCCGCCGCCGCCGCUGCCGCGUUCGACCCGCGCCUCUACGACUACCGGCACCACCGGAAAGUGGAGGUCUACGGAAACACUGGCAGCAUGCCCAACCUCGUCCACAGCAACAGUAACAGCGGCGGCGGUGGUGGCGUCGGCAACGCUGGUGGUGGUGGUGGUGGAUAUGCAUACCCGCCUCCGUCUAUGCAGUACGGCCCCACGGCCUACUACGUGGCCGGCUACCCGUGCUCGGACUUUGACGCCUACUCCAACGGCGGGUAUGUCUACGAGAACGAGCUGGAGGGGCACUACAACGUCAACCCGUCGUACCACCCGCACGGCGGCUACCCCACCGCGGCCUCCGGCGCCGCUCACCACGGACACUACCGGCACUACGGGGGCAUGGACGGCCACGACACCCUGCCGCAGAACAACCCCUACGCCACCAUGAGGCCCCCCAGGGGCCGGCAGGGGCCCCGCAACGAGCUGAUGCUGGCUAAGAACAUGCAGAAGGCGCUGGUGGUGGAGCACCUGAGGGGGUGGUACCACCGCAGCGCCGUGCACCGGGACAUGGGGGUUGGGGUGGGCAUGGGACACAGAGGGGGGCCCCUGGCAGCGUACGAGGGGUUCGACAGGGGGUCGCAGCACAGCCUGGGAUACCAGACGCUCCCCGCAGCACCGUUUAGCCACUCCAGCCGGACUGCCUCCUACUCCUCAGUGUCGUCAGCAGCCAGUGGUGGGGGUAGCUGGCGCAGCCAUCUUGCAGUGGGCUUGACGGACUCCGAGAUGGACACACCUCUCACCACACAGCCCACCUACAGUGGCGCCCCCUUCAACCGCAGUCCCACACACACCAGGAUCUUUCCCGCUGAUUGUCCCAUUUGCCAGCCUCCUCCUCCUCCUCCACCUCCUCCUCCACCUCCUUCUCAGUGCUCUUGUCACUUCCCUGAGCCUGAGGUCUACCAUGACUAUGCCGAUGACCAUGAGUUGCUCCCCAUCUAUCACCUCCAUUCAUCCUCCUCCACCUCUGACUACACCUCCGGGUGCAACCACACCUCCUCCUCUUCCUCGGUCUCCUAUCUGUGCUGUCUUGGUCUCCAUACUCCUCCUCCUCCUCCCCCUCCUCCUGCUCCUGCUCCUAUCUCCCCCAAGACUCACUGCGAGUGGACAGACCCCCUCCUGUGGGACUCCUCCUUCCACCACUAUUAGGUCACCACUGGUCAGGUUUUAAUUUGUUAGCAUGGAGUGUGGCAGCUAGCUACUAACCAAUGGUGCAAGAGUGAAGCCUGAUGCCCAUGUGGAGCUAACAUUGCAGCAGACUACUUGACUGGAACUUUUCCUGACGCAGCUUGACAUUUUUACUUGAUGUUCUUACAUGCCUGGUCUUGGUGCAUUUUUUUUCUCAUGCAUGGUGUGGCUUCCAAGUAUUGACUUUUAAAUCAUUGAACAUAAAACAUCUGACACCAGCUAGGAGAAAGGUGUUUGAUGCAGCCUGAGUGUCAACAACCUUACCUGUGUGCACAGGUAGACUGUCUCAUGCUGUGCAUAAUGUAGGUAUGUGUGUAGGAACGUGUCUCAAAUGGCACUCUUGUGUGGAGUAUCUUGUGUGGAGUACCUUCACAGGCUCAUGCUGAGUAUUUCUUGCCUCACCUGUGAACAGGUACGCCACGGAGCCCAGGCGGGCGGAGUCACUCUCGUCUGAGGCAGAGAUGGGCGGAGCAACGGCCAGGUGUCCUGAGGAGGAGCAUUAACA